AUGGCGAGCUGGUCUGUUGAAAAUGCGACUGGAGCCUAUCUCCGAGCAGUGAAAAUGACAAAAGGUGCCAAGGAGCCAGAUGCAGCGGAGUUCAUUUCGGCAGUCGCUGCUGGCAACAAUGCACAACUUAUGGUUAUUGCGUGUGCAAGUGCGGCUGAUUCAAUCACACUGGCCCUGGUAGCUGCUGCGUUGCAAACUGGUGGUCAAGUCAUAUGCAUUGUUCGUGGAGUUCAUGAACAACACUCCUCAGAAAUAGCCCUCGGCGAUAGUGCAAUACAUGUCAAGUUUGUUAUUGGUGACGCCCUAAAUUUACUCUGCAACGACUAUAGAGAAGCUGAUUGCAUUCUUAUAGACUGUUAUCUCGAGAAUUGUCAGCGUAUUCUUGAAACUGUGCAAGUGAUUAGCAGGAAUGCUAUUGUUAUUGCAUACCAUGCAUGUUCCAUGGGCUCAUGGAGGUGCCCGCAGGGGUUGAAAGCUCAUUUGUUGCCCAUAGGAGAAGGCUUGCUAGUAACCAAGAUAGCUGAAAAUGUCAACAAGAGUAAUAGAUCUGCUGUUUCAGGCAAGAAGAGGCGUUGGCUGGUUAAAAUUGACAAAUACACAGGUGAAGAGCAUGUGUUUCGGGUUUAA